AUGGACGAGCUGGCAGGUGAACCCCUGAGACUUCUGUGCAGUCUCCCAGGCAUCGAAGCCAAUGUCAUCAGCUUGAUCCAGCAAUUGUCGUCGUAUGUUAGUGAGUCUAGAGAUAGAGAGGAGCGCGUGAAACGGCGUGUGGAUGAGCUAUGUGCACACGUUUCGGAGUUACGAGGCGAACUGAGCUCCUUGAGGCAGUCCGCCAUUGCCCCCAUGCAUGUCGACCAACAGCAACAAAAAGGCGAGGAGGUCAAGGAGAGUGCAGCUAGUAGUACGAAUAGUACCCGUACGCUAACUGGAAAGUCUAAGCCGCGCGCAAAUAGUGAAAAAAAGUCAAAGCAGCAGGCAGAACACGUGGGAACGCACACUGAACCCCGUACCCGUAGCGCUGCCACACCCUGGCACGCAGGCAAGACGGUGCCCUCAGUGGACACGGAAACGGAGUACAAGGAUAAAGCAAACCCGGUAUGUACUACAAACCACAGUCCAAAGGUCGCAGACACACAGACAAACACUGUGGGUUCGCAGCACGUUCCACCACUACCUGUGGAUGAUGACUCAUGGCAACUAGUCUCUUCUGUCUCCCCUCGCCUUAGCGUCAGGCGUGGGGUCAUUUGGAUUGGAAACCUGCGCCCAGCUAUUAGCAUUGAGCAACUGGAAUCCUUUAUCCAACAACGUGCCCUGACAGCCAAUCAGCAGCUCACGAUAUUUAGUAGCAAACUGAUCAGCAAGGCUGAUGGCAAGGUCGGUGCUCGUGUGACGAUCAGCCGAGCCUCAGUUGAAGCCCUCACACAGCCAAACUUCUGGCCCAGGCCUGUUUAUGCACGCCCAUGGGUUUUUCGUGAUGACCAGAGAAACGCAGCAGACAAGCAACAACAGGAGCAACAGCAGAAGACACAGGGAAAUCAGCACCAGGAAUCUACACUAAGUCUUGAACAGAGAAACACAGCAGACCAGCAGCAGCAAAAGAAACGGCAGGAGGAGCACCAGAAGACACAGGAAAAUCAGCAUCAGGAAUCUACACCUGAAGAGCACCAGCAUUUGCAGACAGAACAGCAGAACCUGCAUACUGCAUCUAGUGACAGCCAAUGCCCUGCAUCCAGUGACAGCCAAUGCCCUGCGUCUAAUGACAGCCAAUGCCCUGCGUCCAGUGACAGCCAAUGCCCUGCGUCUAAUGACAGCCAAAGCCCUGCAUCUAGUGAUGUCCAGCAGGACAGUGGCCAGCACCAGCCCAAGCUUCAAGAUACGUCAACUGCGUCUGCUCCAGCCAAAGCCACGCCACCUCGCCCUGGAAAGCGUCAUGCAGAAGAUUCCCCUGGAUCCAUGUCGGGAAUACCAUGCAAAAUGCAACCUUCAUCUAGCUCUCAAUGA